UGAAGCCAAUACCCAGCUUAAAAGACAAAUCGGUCACAUCCGGAAAGAAGGGUUAUCAUGCUGACGAACGGAGUUUUAAAUACUAUUUAAGCCAAAUAUAUAUAUGAAAAGAAAAUCUUUUGCAGUAUAAAUAUGAGAGGCAUAAUACGGUUUUAGAAAAAGAACAAAAUCGAAAGGAGUGGACGUGAGCCUCCGGUGUGAACUCGUAUCGUUUAAUGCAGGAAAAACGUAAUGCAUAGGACCGUAGCAGUGAGACAUUGCUGUCCAGCAGAGGGAAGUUGUUGAAUACAAAUAGCAUGGAAAUUAAACUGAAACAAGGCGCUCAGCGCAGCAAGGGAAUCUAAAGUGAAGACGAUGUGUCAGAUUCCAUGGUUGCUGCCCAGAGUGUCAGACGAGGCGGAGAGCUGUUUACACAGCGAACCAUAGAGGGCCACCACCACCAAGCAAAAGCACGGGCUACUCCAGGCCCAGAAGAAGACAGUUAGACCAUCACACUGAUCUAUCUCGAAUGGGUUUCGACGUGGUGAAAUGAAGAACUCAUCCUUCAAAAGCAGAGGCAGCUUGAAGAGGGCCAGUCCCAUUCCGAAAAGCAACCCUGCCCUGAAACUGAAAGUGAAUUUGACCACUGUUCUUUGCUAAAUGUUGCGUGGUGUAGAAAAACGGUUAGUCACAGGUAUUACAUGUAUCACAGGUACUGCUGGUUUUGUUUAUAUUAAAGCAAUAAUCGUCUAUAUUUGAAGAACCCAACUAUAAUGGAAGAGCAGCCGCUGUGUGAAAACAACCGUCCGGAAGACAUCUAUUUCCCGCAGCACAACUCCAUGGGGGUGUGUAACAUGAACUAUGGCGCGCAGCCUAUGGUGCCGGCUCAGCUCUCCCCAGCCUCCCCUCAGUACUUCCAAGACCAGAUGGAAUCUCCUGUCACACCUGGGCAGGACUUCAGUUCCCUAGUGGAAGGUUCCAAACCUGGGGGCGCAUGGCCUAGCAGCAAUAACAGGAAGAGCAUCCCGAACUUGUGGGGCUCGCUCUCUCAAGGUGACGCCCUGGAGAUGAAUGAAAACAGCAGUAAUGGGGGCUACCAGUUCAGCACCCUGGCCUCCACGGAGUCACCGGUGACCCCCAAGCAUGCCAUCAACUCUCUGCCACGCCUUGAUUCCUUCAACCAGGUCUUUGCCAGCCAAAACCUGCGAAUCCUCCAAGGAGGGGGUGGCGGCAACAAGGGGUCCCGGAUGUUGGUGUCUGGCCCGAUCUGCACCCCCACGGACAGCGCCCUGCGGCAGCUACUCUCACAGAAGCCUCCGCAGCUGGAGCAGUCGAGCAUGCAACCAUCGGGGCCGCAGCACAGGUACCUCCCCAUGGGACUGUCGGCGUCCAGGAGCUACGACCAGACUCAGUCCAAGCUCAUGCAUGAGCAUGAACAGCAGCAGCUGCAGUACGACUACCAGCACCAGCAACCGGACGAGUACUACAUCCAGCAGGGGGCGCUGCAGCAGGCGCCGGUCUCGGAAUGCGGCCGCUCCCUACAGCAGUUCCACCAGCAACCGCAGCAGCUCGACUACCAGCAGGGGGCGUUCUACCAGCCACAGGCUCACUUGGCAGCCCAGCAGCCCAUGCCAAGUCCCUCGUUCCUGCCUGGCUAUGGUCAGAACUGUAAGAUCUCCCAGCAGCAGCAGCAGUUCAUGCAGGCCAGCCCGGCCCACCCCAGCCAGCAAGCCCAGCUCUACUUCCAGGAGGAGCAGAAACCCAGGCCGUUGUACCACCAAAGCAGCCCUUACCUGCAGCAGCCCCAGGGCCACAUCCAAGACGAGGUUCACCCAUUGCCCAGCAAGCAGUAUCACUCCGACUCAAACUGUGUCCUGCCCAGCCCGAGCCAGCACACGCCCACCCACCCAGCUCAUAGCUUCCUGUUUCCCAGAGACCAUAGCCGGGCCUGUCAGGAACCCACCAUGCCUCUGGCCAGCACCAUCAGCCCUCUCCCCCAGGGCCAUGCGCCACAGAGGGAAGUCCCCCCCAGCAUCCAGCAGCCGAACUGCAAAGCGGGGGGUCAGCAACUGCACUCCCCCAGCUCUUCAUGGCUACAGAUGCGCUUACCAAACUACCAGGACGAUCCACUAUCUCCUGACCACAGCAUCCCCUUCCACGGUCAUGCCGCCUGCAGCAUUGUGGUCAAACCAGAGGUGUUGGAGAAGAACGACAGCAGCAACAAGCUGUUGUGCUCUACCUGCAAGAAGGUGUUCAAGAGUCUGCCGGCCCUGAACGGCCACAUGCGGUCUCACGGGGGCUUCCGGGCUCUGCCCACACCCAAAACGAAGGAGGGGGGCGUUCAGCUGCCCCGGGAGGAUGAGCCUGCCCACCCGGUCGUCAUGCCUGUCUCUGUGCCUGUCAAGCUUCAGCCCCCUGUCACCAAGUUGCCCGUCGCUCCUCGCUGGCACAGCCCUGACAAAGGCCCCAGCAGCCACACCGGUCUGUCUCCGCAGGCGCCGUGGCUGUGCUCUGAGCGGCCCCAGAUACAUGCCGCUUCCUCUAUGUUAAAAAGCGAGAGUGCCGGAGAGGUAGAGGGGCAGGCAGCCAGGCCAGUCAAGAAGAAGAACCGCCAUCGCCUGCAGCCGCUGGUCAUUCCCACAUCCAGCCCCACCUCCAUGACCAGAGUCACCAUCCUGUACCAAAGCCAGCUACGCUCACCACACAUCAUGGGCGACUCCACCUCCUACACCCCACCUCCCAUGCUCAGCCCUGUCCGACAAGGAUCUGGGCUCUUCAGCAAUGUUAAAACAGGCCCAGGGCCACCAGGAGGGAGCCUCAACCCAGUCCCUCCACGUGUGAUUAUCUGCAAAACAAAUAACGCUUCUGGAAAUCUUAUAUUGACGACACUGGGCCCAGGAGAGAAGCCUGUGGACAUUGAACCGCGGAUUAACAUCGGCCCCCGUUUCCAGGCUGUGAUUCCCGACUUGCAGGAACCAUCCCAGGUGGAAAAGGACAUACACAAGGCUGGCCUUCUGUGGACCCCCUGGGGGGACUUGGACAGCCCAGUUGCCCAGCAGAAAGUGGACAAUCUUGUGAAUAUGGCGUGUUCCAGCAUACUGCCAGGAGGGGGCGCCAAUACUGAACUAGCUCUCCACUGUCUUUUUGAAUGCAGGGGGAACUUCAUGGCAACCGUGGAGAAAUUGCUUGUGUUGAAGCCAGUGAGACAUAAGUCUAACCCUCUUUCAGAUUAUCAUUAUGCAGGGUCUGAUAAGUGGACAGUGGCGGAGAAGAAGCUGUUCAAUAAAGCCUUUAUCAUACACAACAAGGACUUCUUUCUCAUACAGAAAAUGGUUAAAACAAAGACAGUGGCACAGUGUGUCGAGUACUACUACACCUGCAAAAAGAUAUCAAGUUUGGGCAAGAAACAGAAGACAUGCCCGUCUGACCUGGUCCCCGAGAGCUCGAAUGACUGGGCCGAGGCGGAGUUGGAUGCGAAGAAGUCCCAGGAGCGGGAGCCCAAAGCCCUCAGGUCACCUGACCUGUCAGACCCCCCCACCAAUGGCACCGUGGUCCUGUCCAAGAGCACUUUCGUGUGUGAAGUGCCUGGCUGUGGUUUGGUCUUCUCCUCUAAGCCAGCCUUGAGCGGACAUGGGCGAAUUCACAGCAGCCCGAGCUCAUGCCCCAAGCCUCUCUCAGACAGAAGCAAACCCAAGACACAGGCCCAGUCAGUAUCAAGCUCCCUGAAAAGCUCCCCGGCCCAUAGCACCACCAGCGGGGAGACUGACUCCACGCUUCUCUUCCCUUGCAAAGAGUGCGGCAAGGUGUUUUUUAAAAUCAAGAGCCGUAACGCCCACAUGAAGACCCACCGGCAGCAGGAUGACGUGCAGGUCUGGAGGCUCCAGAAGCCAGUGGGUCACAUGCCCGUGGAGGGGGCGCCCACCAGCCCUCGCAUCUCCCAGGUGCCCAUGGCUCUUCUCCAACUCCCCAUCGACCACAUGGGCCUGGUAAAGCGGCUUAGGGAGGAGAGCGACCACCCGGAGGAAGAGGGAGAGGAGGAGGAAGAAGAGGAGGAGGAGGAAGAGAAGAUGGGGAAAGGCUGCCCUCUUGUGGCACGUCCCGUGACGCAGACGCAGAAGGGAACUAAAUGACCCCGUAGGCAGGAGAGAAGGCCUUGCUUCAGAAGGGAGGCCCUUGUUGAACACUUUGAGUGAGAGUCCAAAAAGCUGAAAGAGUGAAGGCAUUCAGAGUUUAUUCUCUUUUUCUCAGGGUUGGUUUGGAUUUUGUGCUUCUUUGUUUUUAUAUUAAAUCUUUUUGGACUUUUUUUAUACAGAAUAACAAAUACACGAAUAUGUUAAUGAGAUAUAUUAAGGAUUCUAGGUUCUCUGAAUCUUUUUUAAGACUAUCAAAUAUGGUUCUUAGCAUGGUACCACAGUUCUCACUGUUCUCAGAACGGUGAUGUCCUAGACCGGUGCUUCCCAAUCUGGUCCUUGGGACCCACAGACAGUCCACGUUUUUGUGAACUGCCUGGCAGGGAGUUCGGAGGGAGCAAAAACAUGGACCGACUGUGGGUCCAACGAGGACCGUAUUGGGAAACACUGCCCUAGACAGAAGUUGGAGAACAGAGACCAGGUCAAAGAUCAAAACAUGUAGCUCCAAAUAAGAACUGAGGUAUCUGCCUACGCAGCAGUUACCAUCUCCAGGAAGUACAGAUUGGCACCCUCUUGCAUCUUCCUGUUUAUCUAAUGCUUUAUCUUGUUAAAGUAUUGCAGAAAAAUCUUUUAUGCCAAUUCCCGCAUACUGCAUAAUUAUAAAUGUGCACAACCUCUAUGAUGACGUAGAUGUCUUCCGCCUCUAUAUACAUCUCUGCCUUUCUUUAAUGUGCCUGUCAUUAUUGACAAGUUCACAAGAAUGAUGCACAAAUAGUCGCUGGCAUUUUUUAUUGCACUUGGGAUUAAACUGCCAUGCUGUGCCUGCGCAUUCAAAUAAAGACUUUAUUUUUGGUACGAAAUAGGUCAUGAAUAUGAAUGUAAAAUCUUUAUUUUAAAUACAUAUACAUUUAGCCAGUAGGGCGUAAUAUUCCUUUUCUUUGUUGCACUACUGAAAAAAAAUAUAUAUAAAAGACUGGUUUAAAGGCUAUUCGUUGGGUCCACCAAAGCAUGGGAAAUGAAUUUAUGUUAAUAUGUAAGAGAGACGUUUAUAAAAAGAAAAUUUCUGGUUCAGUGGUUUACGAUUUUUAAAUUUUGCAGUAAUACCAUUGUAUAUCUUAUUUAUCUCCUCCUAUAUUUAUUCGCAUUUACUAUGAUUUAGGAAAAGCCUAUCAUUCACUUGGUUGCCAGUUCCAAAGCCAACUCAUUUCUUUCCAGUUAAUGUUACGUUGCUGAAGUUGACAGUGUAUAAAUGUUUAUAUGUUUCCCGGGGUCUGUAUCACAAAGCCGGAUUUAAGGUACCCCGGUUUAAAUGGUCUUCUGUUCACUUACUUUUAGCUCUGACCACCUUAAAUACGACAAGUUAUCCGGAAAGCAAGAAAUCCUGCUUUGUGAUACAGGCAUUUUACUCUGUUCAGAAAAUACUGUACUUCAAUUGCAUUUCUUAACCAAGUAUUAUUUUCACUGUAGUGUAAUACCAAAACUCCCGCAGCCUCAAGAUGUUUACUUGAAUGUUACAUAUUUCUUUUAUUUACCUUCGAUUUUAUUCAGCACAAGUCUUACUGACUUCUUCAACUGAGCACUUGUAUACCAAGUCUCCAUUGUUUCCUUGGAUGGUUGGGUGAAAUUGUGAAUGAAAUUAGCGUCAAAAAUUGCAUACAGCUACAAAUACAGUAUUGGACAUUAAAUACUUUCUGGGUUAUUUUUUUUUCUUUUCUAUUUUGUUUUUUUGCUCCUGACAUGUGGCAGGGAGAUAUAAGCAUAUGCCUUUAUUGUCCCUGUAGACCUUUGUUAUGUAGACACAGCAAUCUGAGGAGUAUACCCACUAUCCUUCACUGAGAUGAUUCUGAUGAUCCAAGCACUGGGUUUCCCUCUAGAACAAUGCCUGCAGUUUCCAAAACUUCCUGUUCGAUACAGGAAUUAUAUUGCCCAAAGUAAUGUAAUUUGUCAGAUGGUGUCUGGCUGAACUCUCACUGGGACUAGUCAAGCCACACUGGAAUCAUUUGCAAGUAACCUAGGAGCAGAAAAAAUAUGCCACAUCCGCCAGGAAAUUUUGAUGUAGCCAAAGAAUGGUAAAGGCCUAUUUGAGUGGUCUUUCUAUGUUAUUUCUUACACUUCUGUAGUUACCAAUCGCCAUUUGUUUUGCAUGCUCCUUAACUGGAGAAACAACCAGGUUUUGUUUAAAAUGAAUUGUCAAAUAUUUAAAUAAAUACUUAUUAAAAGGAUAAAUAAAUAGUGUCAUGUCCCGCUUGUCCGAACCUCCCGUGUGCCACGCCCCCCCCCCCCCCUCGCUACCUUGUGUAGAAUCCCUGUGUUACCAGCUGUGUCUAGUCUUGUUCAAUGUAGUCUGGUGUAUUUAAGUGCCUCCAUGUGUGUCUUCCCCUAGUCCUGUCAUUGACAUUGCUACCUGGUUUUCCCUGUGAGCCUUGCUGUUCCCCCAAUAAAACCCUCAUUUCUCCAAUAAAUCCCUCGCUUCCCCAACUCCCUGGACUCGCUCCCCUGCCCCCACUCGGCGCCCAUUCGCCGCGUAAUAUUGCGCCCCAGGGCAUCCCUGUCAAAAGAUCGAAUACCACAGCUUUAAUUAUGCCACAAGGUAAUAAGGAUAAUCAGAAAUAAUGGGAAAUUGAGAAAUUUCUGUUUUGUGAGUCUGUUUUGUAAAAAUGUAAGGUAAUAUAAUUGCUUGUGUUUGUACGCACGGUUGCCAAGGAUUUUUUUUUUUAACCUGGAUUUUUUUUUGACUGAAAAGCUUUUGUACAGUGAAAUUAUCUUUCUUUGUAUUGAUAAAAAUAUUUUAACACCUUUUGAAUGCCGUGUUCUGUCAAAAUAUGUGGGAUAUUAAUCCCAUGUUGCUUGUGGGACAGACAUUUACUCCUAUGGAGCCAUUGCUAUGUGCAAAGGCCGUCUAGGAAAACCAACGUUUUUUUAUAAACUCCAAAGGUUAUCGUUCAGUCAUUCACUAUUGCCUAAGCAGCCUGUCACUUCGCAUGCCAGAUUCGAGAGAUCCGAAGGCUGCUGCUAAGUGUGCAGGUCACAUGGUGCCCUUUUAAUUCUGUUUAUGGGGCAGUUGCAAAACUGCUGGAUAAAGGCAAUAAUGACAACCGAUAGUGGAGACUAAUAUUCAGUGUGGGUAACAGCAACUGUAUUCAUAGAAGAUACAUGUAAAGAGAUGAUUCAGGUUAUUUCUUUCACUUAAUGCUGCGAUGACCUUCUGUCUUGCUAAGUCUGAUAUUUUUUGUUCUCUGUCCAAGCCUAUUUCAUUAAGAAACAUAAUAACACAGAAGGUGAUUGGUUGACCGUAUUAAAUCCACCAAUAGCUGCAGGCAUUACUCAGAUGGGCAGAGGUGUUAUCUGUAUCCUGUAUGUUUAGCCUUUGUAUGGCAUGUUUGACUUGGAGCCUAGGCAGGGAGAGUCUGAGUGGGAAUUCUGGGGCUCAAUCACAUUCACAAACCACACGUGCUACAGCUAUGGGACGAAACAAGUGAAACAUGGACCUCAGUAUAACAGCCCUGGAGUGAGAGCUGCAUUAAGUUGUUUGGAUGGAUGGAUGGAUGGAUGGAUGGAUGGUGUAGUUGUGGGCCAUUCCUAGACAUUGCCAAGAAAUAUGAGGCUUGUCAAAUGAAUCUAUUUGCUUAUUUAUUGUUGUUUUAAAACGGAAUUAAUAUUAAAAUGAUCUGUAUUUUUGUGAAAAAUAAUUCAAUAUUCCAUAUGGGAAAUUUUUUUAAAAAUCACAUUUUAGUCCUCUACUCAUUGUCUGAUUCAUUAUUAAUACAAAGGAGUGCGGAGGGAAACUUCAGUGCAGUUUGUCUUCGAACUUUGGCCUUUAGCGGCAUCGAGUGCAAUACAGUACUUGUAACAUUUAUUGUACUUUACAGCUUGUUGUCCAGACUGGAUAAACUGUGCUCUCUCUCUCUCUCACUCUGUGUGUGUGUGUGUGUGUGUGCGUGUGUGUGUGUGUGUGUGUGUGUGCGCGCAAUAAAGGUCUGACGUAAGUGGGGUACGUAAAAAGUUCGCACACAAGAAUUUUACGAUAUUAUGUUAAGGAAAGAGCGGAUCAAAACACUAAUAAUUCUGAAUCAAGCCUGGAAGACACAUGUGGAAUUGCCAUGGAUACCGAAAAAGUAGAUUUCAAUCUACAGAACAACGAAAGAGAGAAGCGUGACCUUGCGGCUGGUACAGGGAACAACGAAAUUCCCAUAGACCAAAAUGCGAAGCAGCGAACCGAAAAAAUGGGCAAAAAAUGCUCUAAGCCUGUUCAUUUAUCUUUCCUGCCGGAAAAAUAUGAGCCAUUGAUAGAAGAUGACGAAGAAGCUGAAAGAAGGAAAAAGGAAAAGAAAAAUAAGAGGAAAAAAAGGAAUAAGAAAUAUAGAAAGAACCUGGGCAAGGCUCUGCGAUUCAGCUGGAAAUGUCUGGUGGUUGGGCUGCAGAACUUAACAGCAGGCUACUCUACACCCAUCUCAGCUGCAGUCAACUUAGCGUCUGCCUUCCAGGGAACAAAUUCCAAAGCCUGAUGGGACUGAGCACCCACGAUCCUAUGCACUACUGGAACAAGACCCUCCAACUGAUGACUCUCUGAGCACCAGUUAGUAAUGAAUGUGAUGUAUUGAAUUUUGGAGUCAUUGGCACAUUGCUGUGAUGAUGGUCUUAGAUUUUGGUGCCUAUAACUGAAAACCUAUAGGUUUGUUUUGUAUUAUUGUUUUGAAGUUUUGAGGGUCGUUGCAUUAAGCUCCUUGAAUCAUUUUUUUAAAUUUCACAUUUAUCCUUUUUUCCGUCACUCUCUCCAAAAUAAGCAUAUAAAAUGGAUUUGCCUUUUUUUAAAGCAUCUGAUCUAUUUGAGAGAUUCAGUAGUUUUCACGGCUUAAUUUGGACUUGACAGUUUUCAUUGUUCUUUGAAUUGCUUUUUAAAAUGUGAAACUUUAGAAAACUUAAAUAAUGUUCACAAAGCUACCUAUGUUUCAUACUUAAUGGUUUGGAAACCUCAGAUGAAAACUCAUGUUCGCGUAUGAAGCCUUUAGGGAAGUUUCAAAUUGUUUUCUAAGGUUAGCAUUUUGGAGUGGAGAUCAUAAUAUUCAGUCAGUCAAAGGACCUAGAGGUCUCAUUGUCUUGCGAUUGCACUUCUGUCCCUGAUGUAAAAUCAAUGAUUGUAUUGAAAUUUCACAGAUUUGACCCAUUACAACGUAGCCAAGAUUUUAAAAUCUUCUUGGUUGUCUUAUUUCACUGUUCUUAUUUCUUAUUUCACCCAAAUCACAAAAUUAAGAGAUUGUUAAAAAUGGUUUUGAAAUGCAAUGUGUGACUGACUCUCAGUUGCUGAUUGUAGAAAAAGAUGUUUUUAGUGAACUGUCCCAUAAUUCUUUUAGUACAGUGUUUCUUAACCUAAGUGUACAGAUGCACACAAAUGCACCAAAUUCCAUUUCAGUCGUUGAUAUUGUGCACAGUGACAUUAAUGAAAUGAACAUUCUUGAUGAAAAAUGCACAGCAUGUUCUUCAUUAUUAGUAUAUGACGUAUGAUGUACAUGUUGCUAGGAUACUGUGAUUAAAGAAGACAAUCAUUAGUAUGAAUGUUUUAUAAAAAGUAAACUGAAACUUUGUA